GGGUAGUGUUAGUUGUGCGAUAACAUAUGUCACCAAAAUUGGGAUAUUUACUUUGUCACACAAUUAAUAUAAGAAAGUUGUACAUCUAGUUGGAGAGUCCAAAAUAAGACGAAACGCACGCCUAUGUAUAUGGACAAAAAGGGGACUAAUUUUUCUCAUACUAACAUUUUAACUUUUACAUAUAUUGGCAAGCUUCUGGAACAUAAUCAUUGGAGUUAAGUAUAUAAAUAACUAAUUACUGAUUUAAUAAAUGAGUAUAAAUACUAUGUAUAUUCUUUCUUGGUUUGGCAUUGUAAAGAAUAACAAUAUAAUUAAUUGUUUAACAGUAUUCAUCAGUAAACAAUAUUUGUAUUCUCAGUAGUAAAAUCAUUUUUUGAAAAAAAAAUCUACUCAAAUCUAUAUAUAUAUAUCCAUACAAUAAUCAUGGAACUGGAAAUAAGAAAACCAGUUAAAAACCAACAACAACAGCAACAACAGCAGCAACAACAACAAAAUCAAGGAAAUAAUGAAUUGUUACAUACAUCUUCUAGUACAUUAUGCUCAUUUAUCUCAGCUACACCCAAUUGGACAAAUGCUGCAUUAAUUGGUGAACAUUUAUGGAAUGAUACAACUUCUACGGAAACGUGCUAUGUUGAUGAAUCAGAAUGUACUAAAUCUGGAGCGAAAAGGAAAUGCUCUGUUUGUCAUAUUGUUUGUCAUGUAAAUUGUCUUCCAUUGGUUCAGGUAUCAUGUAGACCAACGUUUCGUGAAGCAUUUAUUCAUGAUUAUCGUACAGAGAAAACUUAUACGACACAUCAUUGGGUUAAACGACGAAAACAAAACAAAAAAUGUAACCAUUGUGGAAAGUCUUUACAAUCAAUACUGGGAUUUUCAUCUAAAGAAUAUAUAACGAUUCAAUGCACUUGGUGUAAAAUAGGUUAUCAUAAUAAAUCAACUUGUUUUCGUGAAUCAUAUUUCACUGAACCAUGUUCAUUAGGACCAUAUUCAUGUUUAAUUGUUCCACCUGAUUGGAUUAUUAAAUUAACUGAAAGAAAUAAUCACAAAUUAUCCUCCUCUCCAUCAUCAUCAACAUCAACACCAUUAACAUCUACAUCAAUAUAUCGAUCAAAUAGUUUUGUUACACCUUCAUGUUUAACAAAUUAUAAAUUAAAUUCAUCACCAUUACGUUCUUCAUAUUCUCGUCCAGAUAAUCUUAAUGAUUCAAAUCAAUUAAUUCAGAAUAUAUCAGAACAAUUAACUUCCAUGACAUCUAUAAUAACAAAUGAUGAUAAUGAUGAUAAUAAACAAUCUAUUUCAAUGAGUCAAUCCAAUAUGAUUGAUAUUCAAUCGAAUCUAUCAUUUGUGAUUAAAACAAAUCCAAUUAAUAAUGUUUCUUUAAACCCAUUAUUAGUAUUUCUUAAUCCAAAAUCUGGUGGUAAUCAAGGUAUAAAUUUAUUAAAAAAAUUUCAAUGGUUAUUAAAUCCACGUCAAGUAUUUGAUUUAUCUAAAGGUGGACCAAAAAUGGGUUUAGAAUUGUUCAGUCGUGUACCGAAUCUACGUAUCCUAGUAUGUGGUGGUGAUGGUACAGUUGGUUGGAUAUUUUCUACUAUUGAUUCAAUGAAUUUUAAUACAAUACCACCAGUUGCUGUAUUACCAAUAGGUACUGGAAAUGAUUUAGCUAGAGCAUUAAAUUGGGGUUCAGGUUAUAUUGAUGAAUCUGUAUCGAAAAUAUUAAACUCCGUUUACGAAGGUCGUGUUAUUGCGUUAGACAGAUGGCAAGUGAAUAGUGAAGUACAAACAGAUUUUCAGACAACUCAACAACUAACCGACUAUGAAGAUGAUGAUUCCACAAGAAAUAGACCAAUUUCUGAUACAUUACCCUUGAAAGUUUUCAAUAAUUAUUUUUCUCUUGGUGCAGAUGCUGCAACAGCAUUACAAUUUCAUGAAUCAAGAGAAGCAAAUCCUGAAAAAUUCAAUAGUCGUUUAAAAAAUAAAUUAUUUUACGCUGGACUUGGUGGUAAAGAUCUACUUCGACGAAGUUGGCGUGAUCUAUCGGAACAUAUUACACUUAUUUGUGAUGAUGAAGAUUUCACUCCACUUAUCCGUAGUUUGAAACCACAUUGUAUAUUGUUUCUAAAUAUUCCAAGAUAUGGAUCUGGCACCUUACCAUGGGGUCAGCCAACAGCAGAAUUCCAACCUCAAAGAAUUGAUGAUGGAUAUAUUGAAGUCAUAGGUCUUACAUCGACGUCAUUAGCAACUUUACAAAUAGGUGGACAUGGUGAUCGAAUUUGUCAAUGUCGUCGUGUACAUCUUACAACAGAUAUUGUUAUCCCUAUGCAAAUGGAUGGUGAACCAUGUCGUUUAAUGCCAUCAAAAAUUGAUGUAUUCUGUUCACAUCAAGCAUUAGUCAUACAAAAAUUAACACGUUCACCUAUCUCAGCUGUAACACUUAACGAAUUUUGCGGUCAUUGUAAUUGUUUUGCUUAACAUCACCAUAUUAUUAGAUUAUGGAUCAUAUCAUCAUUGAUUUGUCACAGCUGAUUCAUCAUUAUUAUUUCUUCUUUUUUUUCGGUAUUAUCUUUCAAUCAUUGAAUAUUUACUUCACUAUUAUUGUUUUGUUUUGUUUUGUUUUAUGAUUAUGAUUACCUAAUUAAAAUAAUUAUUCAUUUAAUUAAGAUUUAUUGUUACCAUCUAUAUCGAUCAUAAAAGAUGACAUUCUACUGUGGAAUGUUUCAAUCUGUUUUCGGUUGUUUCUUUCUUGUAUAAAGAAAAACUAUCAUGAGGGUUAACAGGUAUUUAUGUUCUCUCUCUCUCUCUCUCUCUCUCUCUCUCUCUCUCUCACUUUGUCCCUCAAUCUGCAUUAAGUAUCUUUAAGUUUCAAGUCUUUUUGUAUUACUGUUGAGCUGAUCAAAUUAUUAUGGAACCGGAAGAGGAGAAAUCUUUAGUUAUAUAUAUAUGGGUAGAUAGAUAGAUAAUAGAACAUUCUGGUUCCUAUGUCCCUCUUGUUAUACAAAUGACUAUGUAUUUUGAUUUUCUCAAACAAUUUCCUUACAAUCAGUAACAUCUUUAAUCAUUAUCAUCUUCUGUAAUAGAAUUUUUUAAUAUUUAAUUAUUAUAUAAAUUAGAACACAAUCAAUAUGAAAGAUGAAGUUGGUUUGUUUUUUGUCAUUGUCAUUGUUAUAAUUACAUCGUUUGUUAUUUUCUCUAAAUAGCUCAGUUAAUCGAUUGAAUUGGUUUACAUUAUUUCAAAUCUCUACAUUUGUGUAUUACUGAUACUAAUUAUAAAAUGGUUUAGAUGAACACUGAGUGAUAGUUGAUUAUGUUUUCUUUUGUUUUGUUUUCUUUUUUUUGUAUUUUACAUUUUAAUCUUGUAAAUUUGUACUUCAAUUUCUUGUACAUCUUUCUUCUUUUUUCUUUUGUUUUUUUUCUUUUUGAUUGUUUGUUUAUAUGAUUUAUUAUCUUAUUUUGUAUUUAUCUAUUUUUGUUUAUAAAUAGAUGAUAUCAAUUUUGUAUAUUGAAUAGUCGCUUACUUUAUAUGGGUAGAAUAUAUUGUAUAAACGAAACAAAUAUCAUUAUAAUCAGACAGGGGUUUCGUGGAGAUUGUAGUGAUUUAAUCAUUGAAUUUAUGAGUCAAUUAAAGCUAGAUCACCAUGAAAAACCUGGAAGCAUUGAACGGCCGUCUCAUCCUAAGCAGUGAUCAUCCAUAAUCCUACCUCUCGAGAUUCCAACCCAGGACUUAUAAGUAUUGCGCGCGAACGCUUGACCUCUAGACCAUUGAGCCGGUUGGCAUCCAACGAUGUUAAUAUCUAACUUCAACUAAUCCAUAAAAUUGAGCGACACAUCCAUCAUUGUCCUCAGUGAGGUAUUUACUAUCUCACAACAGACCUAGUUGAAUUUCACUGGUUACUGAUUCUCACUAGAACUCCAAGAAAUAACUAUUGGAGACAGUCACUAGUGAGCAUAUGUUGAUUAUAAUCAGGGAGAGGUUUUUGUGGAUUUGCAAAUAGUCAUUUACACUUAAAAACAAUACUAUAAUUUGUAACUGAAUGAAUAAUAACUAAGUAUAAUAAACAUUCAACCUAAUUGAUCAAUGCUUUGUAAUUAUUUGUAAACAACAACAACAACAGCAACAAAAAGCACUUGUCAAUUACCAUAUGAAUUUGUUUGUUAAACUAAUAAGUGAAUCAUUAACCAAUAAACAAUAAUCUUUAUUUUGGAAUAUUUACAUUUAACUAGUUUAAAUGACAUUUUUAUCCCUAACUACUAAAUUUUAUCAGUUUAGGAGUUGUGGAGAUUGUUAAGUUUUUGAUUGAGAUCAUGA